AGAAAAUAUAUACAGAGAAUGGUGUUGGUGUUGGUGACGGUGGUGUUUUUGUUUUGACAGAAUGGAGAUUAUAAAUUAUUAAUUUAUUAAUAUUUUAUUAUUUAAUAAUUAUAUUUUUGAUCAAUGGAGCUUGUAGAAAUAAAUAAUAAUAAUAUAAAUAAUAAAUUAAAUGAUGAUAAUGAUUUAAAAGUAAUUAGCAAUACACGACUUAAUACUGCAAUAACUUACAAUGAUUUUUUUACGCAAUAUUUAAUUAAAAAUGAACCGUGUGUCUUCAAAUGUGGCAUUACCAAUGAAUGGCCAUGUGUUAACAAAUGGAUAUUUAAUAAUCAGCCAAAUUUUAAACAUUUAAAGCAACUUUAUGGUAAUUGUAAAGUGCCUGUGGCAAACUGCAAAAUAAAAUACUACAAUGCACAACAGAAAAAUGAAAUGACAAUUGAAAAAUUUAUGAAUUACUGGGAAGAAUAUAAAAAUAAAAAUUAUUCAAAUGAAUUGCCUGUUUUAUAUUUAAAAGAUUGGCAUUGUUUAAGAGACAAUCCAAAUGAUUUCAUUUAUAAAGUACCAAAGUAUUUUUCUUCUGAUUGGCUCAAUGAAUAUUAUUUAGCACAUCCAGAGCUGUCUGAUGAUUACAUGUUUGUUUAUAUGGGACCAAAAGGAUCAUGGACACCUCUUCAUGUUGAUGUAUUCACUUCGUUCAGUUGGUCAGCAAAUAUAGUAGGAACAAAACGAUGGUUACUAUUCCCUCCAGGUGAAGAAAAUAAUCUUUGUGAUGUACAUGGCCAUUUACUGUACGAUAUUGAUUCACCUGAGAUCAAUAAUUCAUUUAUUAAUCAUAAAAAAUGGUUUGAAAUAAUUCAAGGUCCUGGUGAAAUUGUUUUUGUACCUUCUGGAUGGCAUCAUCAAGUUUGGAAUCUGGAAGACACGAUAUCAAUAAAUCAUAACUGGAUUAACGGAUGUAAUAUAUUAAAUGUAUGGAAGGAAUUAAAGAAAGCACUAUUAGCUGUGAUGAAAGAAAUAUCCGAUUGCUACAACAUGGACAAUUGGAUGUCUCAAUGUCAAACUAUUUUAAAAGCAUCUCACGGCAUGGAUUAUUUACAAUUUUAUGAAUUUCUGUCAUUCAUUAUUAAAAAACGUCUUAAUUCCAUCAGCAGCAAUAAGCCGUGCACUAAUUUUGACACAUGGGAAUUUGGCCUAAAUCAUGUACUAUUUGAUCUCAAACAAGCCAAAUGUGUAUUAAAUUGUCUAAUAAUUGAUUCGAGAGAUAACAAUAUCUACGAUAUUGUUUUUCGUGAUAACAGGCCUGAAAAUUUGAUCCAACGUAUCGACGCAAUUUUAAUAUAAAUAUAUAUUUUAAUAAAAAUAGUUUAUAAUAAUAAUAAUAAAAAAAAUAUAGAUUUAUAAAUAAAAUUAUGUGCAACGAUUGGCCUUAACAGUAACAUAAAGCCUACAAUGGUCUAAUAAAUAAUUAAAUAACAUUUAUUAAUAUUGCCAACUCA